UCCUCAGGUAUGGCGGUGUCUGUGAGGGGCCUGUACUUUGUGGUGACCCUCUUCUUGGGCAGUUUCUUCGGGAGUGUGUUCAUGCUGGGCCCCUUCCUGCCCCUCAUGCUGGUGUCUCCGGCCUGGUACCGCUGGAUCACUGACCGCAUCGUAGCCACCUGGCUCACACUGCCUGUGUCUCUGCUGGAGCUGGUGUUUGGCGUGAAGGUGGUCAUAACGGGCGACGGCUUCGUCCCGGGCGAGCGCAGCGUCAUCGUCAUGAACCACCGCACGCGCCUGGACUGGAUGUUCCUGUGGUGCUGCCUGCUGCGCUACAGCUACCUGCGGAUGGAGAAGAUCUGCCUCAAGGCAGUCCUCAAGGCUGUGCCUGGCUUUGGAUGGGCGAUGCAGAUGGCGUGCUUUGUGUUCAUCCAGCGCCGCUGGGAGGACGACCGCAAGCACAUGGAGAGCAUGCUGGGAUACUUCUGUGACAUCAGAGAGCCUCUGCAGCUGCUGCUCUUCCCCGAAGGCACUGAUCUUACCGAGAACACCAGAGCGAGGAGCGAUGAGUUCGCUGUGAAGAACGGCCUUCCCAAGUUCGAGUAUGUGCUGCAUCCCCGCACCACCGGGUUCACCUUCAUCGUGGAAACUCUGCGCAAAGCGGACAACCUGGACGCCAUCCACGACAUCACCGUGGCCUACCCCAAGAACAUCCCGCAGACGGAGCGCCACCUCAUCAUGGGCCACUUCCCCCGCGAGAUCCACUUCCACGUGCGCCGCUACCCCGUGGCCUCCCUGCCCGCCGCGGCCUCCCUGCAGGCCUGGUGCCAGGAGCGCUGGGCGGAGAAGGAGGUCCGCCUGCGGGACUUCUACUCGGCGGAGCCGCGGGCCUUCGACCGGGAGGGCGUGGCGCGCGUCCCGCCCUGCAAGACGGAGCUCCGGGUGGCGCUGAUCAAGGCGGCCUCGCUGCUCUACUGGAGCGGCUUCAUCGCCUUCUGCUUCACGGCGCUGUGGCUGUGGGCGCCCGUCAGGCUCUACUGCCUGGCCAUGGUCGGCGUGUUCCUGGUCCAGCAGAAGGUGAUCGGAGGCCUGGAGCUGCUGGAGCUGGCCUGCCACCGCUACUGGAAGAACCUGGCUGGUGGGGCGGGGCGAAGGGGGGCAAAGGUCUUGGACGGCAAGACGCAGUGAUAAGACGAACGGAUGCAAGAGGGCGGAUGGAUGAAGAGGCGGCGCCGACAGGGAGGUGUCUCGUCGCCGCUCAACCGUCCUUAGCCCAGGGGGGGGCCGGGGUCGGGCUGAGGUUGAGUUGCUUGCCCUCGGCCGGACUCAGAACCCCUUGGUCUCGCGGACCCCGGCGUGAGGCCCUCCGGUCCUCCUCUGCUUCAAGAGAGCGAGGGGGAAGGCGCGGCUACAAUGGGGGCGGUGUGCAUGGCUUGGACAAAGGGGUACGCUUUUUAGCGUACUGUGGGACGCGGAAGGAAAACCACGGAAGAAAGAAAUAUAGCAAGGACAGACGUUCCUUGGAAACCACCAGUGAGCCACCAGUGAACUUGCUUUGUAACAUUAUCUCGUUCCGUCCAUCUAGUUCCCGGCUGUUAACUCUGUGGAGUACAAUCAUAGGAUCUCCUACCAUGUCCAAUACAGUUCCUUAAUUAAUGCUUUUAUAGAUCUAGUUUGUGAUCAGUGAUCAUCCAGAAUCCUGGUGUCCAGUUUUAUAGUGUACCAGACGUUACUUGUUUGUUAUCGUAAUAGUCUAGCAAUGACUUUGUUUUAAUUUGAUUGGUUUUAGGGUUUAUUUAUCUUGUUGGUUUCAUGUGUCAUUCAGGUGAAGGAACACAGCCAUAGUACAGCUCACAUGAUAAGUGCCAUGUGGACAUUUUAUUCUUUUUCAUUUUUUUUAUCUAUUUGAGUCCAUAUUUGUAGUCCAUAUAGAUCAGAUUUUACGCCAAGAGAGUGGCUUUCUGAAGAAAACACUCAAAAAGAACGCCAUUAGAAUCAGAAUCAAUAAGCAUACAGCCAUAGCUUAACUUGAUUGCAUUUAAAUGCUGUUAAAAAUCCCUUUCAGUCCAGUCUGGCUUAUACAUUUUAAAUGUAUAAAGGGUUGGAUGUCAUGCUUUGGAUUUGUCACAUGUUUACCGCUGUUUAGCCGUGAGAAAACAAUGAGUGUCUUUGCAUGCUUGCUUGAGUAGCUUUUAAUCAUAAAAGCCAAACGCUAACUGUAAAAUCAACAUUGCCAUCCAUAGCUGUCCUCUCAGUUGCCAAGGGCCAAGAUCUCACUGUGUGUCAUUUUUUUAACCUCUGCGAAAGAGUGGCGGCCAAUGACCUUCCUCUCUCAUUUCUGUUCCGUUUUCGUUCUGGGGUGAACCAGGGGAUGCCUUGUAAAGGCAGGACCUGGUUGUCAGUGUGGCCUGGGGCAUCAUCCCCCCCACGGCUGCACACAGGGUGCCACGGAAAAGGGCACCAGACCAGACUUGGAGUGGAAAACUGUUCCCCCUGCGAUGGGAUACCUAAUCCCAAAAAACCUGGGUAAGGCCCACCUCUCUGUGCGCCCCUCGGGCGGGGGAGCUGGCAUCGACGCAUGCGUGUGCUAAACUCAAUUAGCCACUGACAGCUGGAGAGGUACUCGCUCGCUCAAUUGUGCCAAAAAAGGACCGGAAUCGAAACAUUAGUUGGGGUGGGGGGGUGAGGGGAAGCGGGGAUUCCAGUCAGGUCUGGACACUCUUUGAGUACCAAGAGACAGCAUGCCAGACUCCAAUUUGAGGAGGAUUCGCCACAUGGGCAAUGAACUUUAGACUAUCAUGACACUGUGCAAUGUAGAACCACUCUACUGACUGUCUCGGUGGCUGCAGGUUAGGCUAUCAAUCUGUUGUAUAAAUGUAUUUUUUACAUGCCGGAGAACGGUCUGAAAUGUCUUGAUUUGUUUGUCAGAGUCCGUGACCUCAAUAGUUAAAGUCUGGUUUCCGUCACUGUGAUAGGCUCUUGACAAUUAUCGCGUCUGUACGUCAUUUACCGUACAAUUCGUUUCCGCUAGCCAACUCUUUUGGAGGUUAUCUCUAGUAUCUUCUUAAUUUUUUUUUCUCUGUUUGAUUGUUAUGUUAAUUUUAUAUGACAUAUUUACAGCCACUGGCCUCAAUGAAAUGCACUGAUCACCGUAAUCAACCUGUCGUAUAUGGAUAAAAAAUAAAUGAAUAUAGUUGUU